AUGUCCACCAACUGGAAGAACGUGAACAAUUGGGUUAACAAGAACUGCUUGAACUGGACCCAAUCCUACUUUGAGAAGGAGUUGGUGGGACUUGAAGCUGAAAAGGAUGGCAGCAAGGUCAAGAUAACCAAUGUUGACGAGUGCACUGGUGAUGUCGACUUGAACCAACGCAAAGGCAAGAUCAUUACUAUUUAUGAUGUAGCUAUCAAGCUCAGUUGGGAAGGAACGACCAGUGAUGGUACAACAGGCAAUGGCAAGAUCUUCAUUCCAGAGGUGGCCCAUGACACUGAUCCAGAUGAUUAUGUGUUUGACAUUUCAGUGAAUGCCGACUCAAAUGAAAAGCAGCCUUUGCGAGAUACAAUCAAGAAAAAGCUGACACCUUUGAUCUGCAAGAAAUUUGAAGCAUUUGCCAAGGAUCUCAUUAAGGAACAUGGCUCUGACGUUUAUAUUGCCAAAGAUGAAAUGGGCGCUGCUGCUCCUACUCGUGGUGCUGAACAUGUUGCCAAAGAAAAAACAACCAUCAACAAGUCGCAGCCCACCACUACUACUACAGCAGCACCUUCAACCAACGCUGAAAAGGGAUCAUCAUCAUCCAGCAAGGUCAACACGACGACUCUCGAAGACACGGUUGAAUUCCAAACAUCCGCCCAUGAAUUGUACGAGACUUUGUUGGAUACUCAACGAGUGUGUGCUUGGACUCGCGGUCCUGCCAAGAUUUCCAAGGAGAAGGGUAGCAAGUUUGAGCUUUUCAAUGGAAAUGUGAGGGGUGAACUCCUCGAUGCUGUUCCUGAUAAAAAGAUUGUUCAAUCAUGGCGUUUGCAAUCAUGGCCCGAAGGUCAUUUCUCGACGGUGACCAUGACGUUGGAUCAAGGAAACGAUAGUGUUCAACUACAUGUGAAGCAAACCGGUGUGCCGAUCGGCGAGGAGGAAUUGACUGAAAGAAAUUGGACCGGCUACUAUUGGAGAUCAAUCAAACAAACAUUCGGCUUUGGUGCAGUAUUUUAG